GGCCCUAUUCUUGCUCUAGGGACAGGCUAUUGACAGGUACACAGACAGCUGGAUGAGCUGUGUGUGCCGCCGGAAAGGAGCCGGAUUGCACUAUGGCGGGGGUGUCUGCCCGGAGCCGGGGCUGGUCCUCACUCUGCAGGCUUUACCUGCGUCUUCAUGCGGUACCGCCGAGCUGCGGCCGGGCCUGCCACGGAUGGCAGCACUCUGUGAAGAGUACAGGGCUCUUGUAUUUAAUGCCAUCCAGUCGGCUGCCAGUGCAAGCACAAAUCCGUCUUUAUUCUUCCAAUGAGCCCAGGGAAGGCGGUGGACCAAUCGAGCCCAGUGCCACAGGCUCCACAGAUAAAUCUCCAGCAGGACUGGAUCCUGGCAGAUCUGAACCUAGAAGCACUUUACUCACAGACCCUAUUCAAGUAAAAGUUAAAGCGGUGCUGAAAAAGAGAGAAUAUGGAAGCAAGUACAUGAAAAAUAACUUUGUUACCGGAGUACGAGCAAUGAAUGAAUUCUGCCUUAAACCCAGUGACCUGGAGUCGCUACGGAAGAUUAGACGAAGAAGUCCACAUGACGACAGUGAAUCAUUUACUGUGUUCUUAAGAUCAGAUGUAGAAGCAAAAGCUUUGGAAGUUUGGGGGAGCCCUGAAGCCAUUUUCAGGGAACGGAAGUUAAGGAAAGAAGAAGAGAUUGCUUACAAAGAAAACUCAUUUAGAAAUCAGAAAUUAUUAAAAGAAUACAAAGAUUUUCUAGGAAAUACAAAGCCCCGGUUAAGUACAGCAUCCAUGUUCUUAAAGGGCCCUGGGAAAGUUGUGAUGGUAGCUAUUUGCAUAAAUGGACUAAACUUCUUCUUUAAGCUGCUGGCCUGGGUGUACACUGGAUCAGCCAGUAUGUUUUCUGAAGCUAUUCACUCCUUAGCUGACACUUGCAACCAGGCUCUGUUGGCUUUAGGGAUUGCACAGUCUGCACGGACGCCGGAUCCUGGACACCCGUAUGGCUUUACCAAUAUGCGCUAUAUUGCUUCAUUGAUCAGCGGCGUUGGCAUUUUUAUGAUGGGUUCUGGACUGUCCUGGUACCAUGGCAUCAUGGGGUUACUGCAUCCACAACCUAUAGAGUCUCUGCUUUGGGCGUAUUGUAUUCUGGCGGGAUCAUUAGUUUCCGAAGGAGCUACACUCCUGGUUGCUAUUAAUGAGCUUAGGAAAAGCUCGAGAAUAAAGGGAUUGUCCUUUUAUCAGUAUGUGAUCCAGUCUCGGGAUCCGAGUACUAACGUGGUCCUGAUGGAGGAUACUGCCGCAGUUUUGGGGGUGAUUAUGGCUGCCUCCUGUAUGGGUCUGACUUCGCUCACAGGGAAUCCUUACUAUGACAGCCUGGGCUCGCUGGGCGUGGGGACUUUAUUAGGAGCAGUAUCUGCCUUCCUCAUUUACACCAACACUGAGGCCCUCAUUGGUCGGUCCAUACAACCAGAGCAACUCCAACGUCUUACCGAACUCCUUGAAAGUGACCCUGCUGUGAGGGCCAUUCAUGAUGUAAAAGCCACAGACAUGGGAAUGAGUAAAGUACGGUUUAAAGCAGAGGUUGAUUUUGAUGGACGUGUAGUAACCAGGUCAUACUUAGAAAAGCAGGAUAUCGACCAGGUGUUACAUGAAAUCCGACAGGUGAAGACUCCAGAAGACUUGGAAGCUUUUAUGCUCAAACAUGGGGAAAAUAUCAUAGACACGCUAGGAGCAGAAGUAGACAGACUUGAAAAGGAACUGAAACAAUGCAAUCCUGACGUUCGGCACGUUGACUUGGAAAUUUUAUAGAAGCCGGAGAAUUUCCUAUUCAUGCAAUUCAUAGAGGAAGAGGAGAAGACUGUACAAGAAGCUUCAUUUCAUUUUCCAGGGUGCAUGCUCCAUGACUAAAUUGUAAAUGAGUGCAAUGCAAAUGCUUGGCAUAAUAAGUCAUGUUUACAGGAGCCUUGUACAGUCCGUUGUUGUAACAUUAUUAGGCAUUUUAUGCAGGGCGAAGGAAAGCGAAUGUUAUUUAUUUGUAACGCACCUCAGUAAACCACAUUGUUUUACUCCA